UAUCCAACUUUCAAGACGGUAUACCUUGAAAUUUUUCGCAGGUCGAGCAAACGUCACAGAACUUGGCUUCUACUCAUCCAACAUCGCAAUCCUCAUACCCAUCCGUGGCACCCCUGAAGAAGCUGGAGUACGAUGGCAUAGGAGGAUCCUUGAAGACUUCACCUAUGAAAGAUCAUGAUGAGUCUCUACGUCACACGUGUUCCCCUGGGCCGGGCGCUACUUGCUCGUCCAUUUCACCUCGUUAAACGAUUCAAGUUCUCGGGCCGGGCAGAGCAGGAGACAGCAGUCAACAACAAGAACCUCCCAGACACACCGGCCAGGACACGGUUUGCGCCGUCGCCAACUGGGUAUCUGCACUUGGGCUCGUUGAGAACGGCACUGUAUAACUAUCUGCUUGCGAGGGCCACUGGCGGCCAGUUUGUACUACGGAUAGAAGAUACAGAUCAGUCAAGGAUUGUAUCAGAUGCUGAGAAGAGAAUAUACGAAGAUCUGAAAUGGGCCGGCCUAAGCUGGGACGAAGGUCCCGACGUCGGCGGCCCCUACGGCCCAUAUAGACAGUCGGAGCGACUGGAGACCUACACCCAGCACGCGAACCAGCUGAUGGACGAGGGCCACGCGUUCCGGUGCUUCUGCACGCCCGAGGAGCUGCAAAACAUGCAGCAGCAGAAACUAGCGACGGGGGAGUUCGCCACCUACAGAGGGCCCUGCCUGCACGUCGACAAGGACGUGUCCGACCAGCGGGCCGCUGACGGGGAGCCGUACUCCGUUCGUUUCCGCCUCGACCAGGCGCCUGUAGUGCACGACCGUGUAUAUGGCAAUUACACAAAGCCCAUGAGCGAGGAUAGCUUCGUCAUUAUAAAGCGCGAUGGUUACCCGACUUACCACUUUGCUAACGUCGUUGACGACUACCUCAUGAAAAUCACCCAUGUGAUCCGAGGAGCAGAAUGGCUGGUAUCAACACCACGACACGUCGCGCUGUACGACGCCUUCAAGUGGCCGAAACCAGAGUUCAUGCACGUUGGGCUGCUCGUGGAUCGCGAGGGGCGGAAGUUAAGCAAGCGCCAGGGGAGCUUCACAAUUGGCUCCUGGCGCGAGUCCGGCAUCCUUCCCAUUGCCCUGCUUAACCACGUCAUGUUGCUCGGCUGGAGCCAAGGCCCCCGUUCCCCUGGCAGGGGCCAGAAAGAUGUCAUGGAUCUCGCCCAAAUGAUUAAAAAGUUCAACUUGAAUUUUACCAAGGGCAACGUCACCGUCAACCAGAAGCAAAAACAUCUACAAUUCAUGCACGCGAAGCGCCUCUCAGUUGCGGCCGAUCCAGAAACCCUUAACACUAUUUCUUCGAACCUAGUCCCUGUGCUAGAGAAGCUCAUUGCGAAGCGCGAAGCGGCUCGUCUUGCUUUCUUCCGCCCCCCUAACGACGAAGAGAAUCCCGGCGCAGAGAUAGAGGGGGAAGAGGGCGAGAAUGAGGAGUCCUAUGGAAAUGAGCACCUGCUCGGAAAUCUCGUCCCUGCUGCCCUAGACGAAACCAACGUCGAUACUGGGCUCUCACGCGAGUACAUACGCCGACUCUUGAUCGCUGAUUUGGCGCACUAUCACGGCCCGCGCACGACUGUGGGGCGCAACGCGCAGCUCCUCUGGUCGAUCCCGGAGCUAUGUUAUCGCGACGCCCUGUUAAGUAAAAAAGCACAAUUCUCGACGAUGUUUCUCCUAGAUCACGAUACUUCGUUGUCACAGGGGGUAGAGGCGGAGGCAGAGAUUGCGCCAGGCGCAGAGGAAGAAGUAGAGGCGGCGGAAAAAGCAGAGGCAGCGGAAGAAGCAGAGGCGGCGGGAGAAGCAGAGGCGGCGGGAGAAGCAGAGGCAAUAGAAGAAGCAGGGGCCGGGGAAAAGGCGGGGGCAGCGACUAUACCGACCGUUCAACAAAAUCAUCACCAGAGGAAUGUACCACACACUGAAUAUCUCCCUUCCCAGCUCGCCACCAUGCUUGCCGAUAUCUUCCGCGGCGUUCCGGAGGAGAAUUGGAGGGAGCUCUCGAUUGAAGAGACGGUAAUACCGUUCAUUGGGCGAAUAUUGGCGACUCCCGUCCCUACCGACGACGACAGCAGCAAGCCCACCUCCGACAACGAUAGCAGCAAGCCCGCCUCCGACGACGACAGCAGCAAGCCCGUACCCUAUGGGCAUGAGUUUCUGCGGUGGGUACUGGCCGGGGGGCGCUCCGGCCCUGGGGUUGUGCACAUCCUGACGAUGCUCGGGCGCGAGGAGUCAAUCGCGCGCGCGGAACGGGCGAGCAAAGUAGCGCAAGAGAUGGAAUUGUGAUGUCGGCGUGGACUAUCCCGGUGUACGUGCUACGGGGGAAGCGGGGGCCAAUGUAGGACUAUAUGGUCAAGAAAAGGAGUCGGCAAAUGAGAAGGCGAGUGAGA